AUGUUUGGGCGCUUCCACAGAAAGAAGGGGAGGGGGCAGGCAUGGUCGGGAGCGUUGUCGCGAACUGAGCCGAAGAACAUGACCGGGAGGGGACACAACGAGUCUGUGCUCGAGUACGACGUAUCGCCGACGCGGCCACUGAGACUACCUUCGCUGUCUUCGUGCUCGGACACCACUGCCAUCAAGUCCACGGGCGACGGAUACGUACGGCGCAACCGGGAUGCGAAAUGCGAGUAUUCAGAGUCGCUGUCUUUGACCACCUACGCGACGGACGACAGUUACCAUACAGCCAGCUCCAAGGGCGUCUCAAUUCUCUCGCAGAGUACCAAGCUGAGGCCACUGUCGCAACGUAUAGCUCCGCUGAUGGAGAUGGACCCUGUGGAGACGCCUGUUGUCCAAAAAAAUGACGCCGCAGAUUGCCGGAAAUUUGAUAUGCUUGAUCAGAUAACCCCCAAGGCUGUAAACUACACCAAUGGAAUUCCCACCAUGGACCUGCAUCGUAGCUCUGUUGAGAAUACGACUGGGUUACUGAGCGGACUAGGGAUUUCGGGCUUAGAAGGCGAGGGGGCUGUCAGUGACACGAAAGUGGCAGAAAUGCAACAGCCCCGCGACUGCUGUACAGAAUCGCAUUACAGUACUAAAAAUCAGAAAGAGCAGGACAGCGUGAGCGAUGCGCGUGAGAACAGCUACAUGAAGGGGCUGCAACGCCGACAGACCAUACCAAGCAAAGAGAAUGUAGCUGCUGCACACAGGAAGACGCCUGAAAGGAGACCCGAGUGGCGAUCCUCAGGACACAUAAGUGCAAGGCGUUCCGUAGACCACGCAACAAGCUCCUCCGGAACCGAUCCCUUCUCUCAUCGGGACGAUGGUACUCAUAGGACUGUGAUGAGCGAUUCAGGUAGUGAGGGUUUGGCAAUGCAUCCUCCGCCAGCGGACAUGGUGGCCAACACGCCACCUCAAGUGGAAAAUCUCACAUAUUUGUUUAUCGUAUCCAUACAUGCCUUCGAUUCACAGAUACUCGAGAACAAGGAAGAUGCGACUAUAUGCUUGUCGUUUGAGAAGAACGAGCUAGCAUUCGUGCACACUGUCGACGAAUCUGGCUGGGGGGAGGUUACGUUGGUGAAAUCUGGCCGACGUGGUUGGGUACCCUUCAAUUACUUUGCUGACGUGGUCCGAGAGGAUAACAGCUUCAAGCUUAAUUCCACAGACUCGACAGGUAUGGACAGGAGACCAUUGGAAAAGCUUCUCUCAAACGCUGCUCAGUUCCUGCUAGAAUCGCAGAGUGUGGACCCGCAGCAAGAUAUAAAGGCAUUGUUGCGUGACAUCAAUGGUAUCAGGGAUGGGGUUAAGCAAUUGCUCGAGGAUACGAAUUGCGUAUCUCGGUCCAAUGAAUUGGUUAAGGCAAAAUCUCCGAUCAGAAGUUGUCGCAAAAAGGUUUUAGCCGAGUGGUAUAACCUUAUGCUUAAGGCAGACCAUUAUAAGCGCUCCAUGAAUAGCCAGCGCGUGGAGUUGUUGCAGCAAAUGGUUUACACAGUCCUUUGGCGCUCGUUUGAUUUCUACAAUACCUGGGUUAAGGAGAAACUCCACGACUUUAGCAGAAGUACUACACAAUCGAGCGUAAGGGAGUAUCCUACAUCAGCUGCAUUUGAGACUAUGCGCGAAGACGCCUCUUAUGCGACAGGAGCUUCUGUGGGCGAUCACACCACGUCCAGAUCAGAUCACCUCAUCCAGCAUUUAUCGACCCCACCUCACGCUGUGGCACGGCUCGAUGAAGUCCACGGCUUAUUGUUCACUUAUAUCGCCUUGAUUUUGGGGCGCCUGGAUAUGAUUGAACACAAUGCGGCUGGUUGCGAGGUUCUCGAGCUAAUCGUCCAUCAGAUUAUUUUAUUGCUACGCGAGCUACUAUAUAUUAGCAAAGCUUGCUCCUUAUUGAUUCAUGCCAAAUUCAGCAAUGCUUAUGAAAAUAAUCUUGACCAUAACUUGGACCCGCUAUUGUCAUUGGUUUCUGAGCUAGUCGCCUGUGUGAAGGUUUUUGUCACUGACACUAUUAAUGAGACCUAUGACAACAAUAAGCUAAUAGUACAAGAUGAGGUGUAUUGUUACACCUCAGAAGGUGAGCAUCUCAUUGUUAUAAUUGCGAAAAUGACACGACUUAUUAGCAGCGCGAUUAAUGGCUGUAAAAGCUACUUGAAGCUUAUUGGUGAUUUCCAAUUAGGGAACGACAGAAAAUACCCAGAUUUUGAACGGAUGAAGAUGACGCCAGACCAAUUUAUCCAAAAAUGUUCUAAAGGGAUAAUAAUGUCGCUUAACCAAAACGAUGACCUUCAUACACUUAUGGAGACUAAUAAGGAAAUGCUCGUUAGUUCGCCCUCAUUUUCAAAGAAACUGGUUCGUUUUUCGACUAUCCGCUCAGGUAUAAACAGAGGUUCACUCUCAGUAAACGGAACUCAGUUUCUCCAGGAAAUUAUGCCAGAUUCAGUUCCGUUUCAGAAGGAGCCGGUGUUUACACGAUUUAGCGUUGAUGAGUCAAUUGCGGUGGAAGAUGAUAUUGAUGUCAUAAACAAUCGCGCUGCUAUGAAAGAAGAAAUGUUAUACGAUAAAGGGGAUAACUUGAUCGGUGCUUCUUUUAGAGCUGUGAUCUUCAUGUUAACUGACGAGAAAGAUCUUGAUGAUGGUUUUCUCCUAGCGACUUUUUUGCUGAAUUUCAAGUCUUUUGGCACAAGUGUUGAUCUAGUCGAGGCAUUGAUUGCCCGGUUUGAUGUCACUGAUCGGUCUGCGCGCCUUGAGGUAGAGGACAACAGUGGGAAGUAUUCGUCGAGGUUUUCGAGGCUCAAACAGAGACGCAGAAAAGUUUGCAAAAUCUUUCAAAAGUGGAUGGAAAGCUUUUGGGACUACGAGAAGGACUACAUUUUACUUGCCACAAUUGUGAAUUUUUUCAAUGAAGCCGUUUCUGUAAAACUACCUACAGAAGCCAGACUUUUAAUUGAAACCGCGGCAAAACUAUCAUGCUUCACCCCUUCAACAAAUAGCGUUGCCAAGAAGGAAAGACUACAGCUAAACCCAAUACUUCUUGCUCCACAGGGAGGUUUGGUACCAAGCCCAUCGUAUUCAAGCAGACUAUCUGUUGUAUCGGUUGAUGAAAAAUUUAUUGAGGAAUACGAGCUCACACAAUUAUCAAGCAGCAGCAGGAGUUCUAUUUCUAUACCACAACCGCUAGUGAACUUGGGUUCAGCUUCAUUGAUGACUAGAAAGAACUUAACAGAUAUUCGGAGUCUACUUCUUGAAUAUGAUAGCCUGGUACCACAGCGAAGUGAGUGUUUAUAUGGCGGUUCCCCACAAAAGUCAAAACUGGCUGCCAUAAUAGCGAAGUGGGAAAAUUUGGUCUUUGAACAUAACAAACAGUCAAUUUUUGAGAACUUUAGCCAGACUACGUUGAAUAUUGCUGAGUUGAAUCCAAUUGAAGUAGCAAAACAGCUUACUUUGGUUGAGUCAGUAAUGUAUUUGGCCAUUAAACCAGUUGAGCUUCUGACCGGCGAUCUUUGUGAUCGGAAGCGCACAGAUGAGUCUUCGAAAGCGCGUACAAUUUUGAAUUUUACAAAUUUCCUAUCUCAAUAUGUUACGGAAUCGAUAAUUGGUCCCGGCUUCCAGCUCGAAGCCCGUGUCGACAGAUUGAGGGGAUGGUUGAAGAUUGCGCUUUCUGCAUUAUAUUUCCGAAACUUUAACUCUGUGGCUUCCAUUAUGACAGCCCUUCAGAGCCAUGCCAUUUCCCGCUUGUCAUUCAUCUGGGAGUCGCUGGACGAGAGAGACCGGGAUUUAUUCACUUACCUUUCAAAGAUUAUUCAUCCAAACAAUAAUUACAAAGUCUACAGGAUUAAGCUAAACAAAUUGGCCGAAGACUUUGUCCCCACCAGUUUACCGACGGCGAAAUCUCCUCUACCGGUCGUUCCUUUCUUUAAUUUAUUCAUACAAGACCUCACGUUCAUUAACGAGGGUAAUUGCAAAUUUAGGAAUCCAUCUUCAUUCAAACCGCAUAAAAUAGUCAACAUUGACAAGUACUUCCGGAUAACCAGGACUGUUUCAAUGCUGCAAUAUUUUCAAGUGCCUUAUGAUACCGAAUACAAAAGUGACAAUGAUGAGCAGGAUCACUUCUUCAACGUCUCAAAUGAACUUAAUGACUCCAUUAGCAUUGUUCCGUUACCGCUUUUACAAACUUUAAUACUUUAUGAGUUUUGGCGAAUUAGUACCCUAUAUUCAAGGGAUGGCGACAGAGCGUAUAACUUGAGUACCGGCUUGAAACCUGCGACAAACUGA